AUGCUAAAAGUUAUCUUGACAUCUUGCAUAAUAUUGGUAACUCUAUCCUAGAAAUCUAUUCUAAUUUUAAGACAUGGAGCUCGUGAUCCCGAUGUCUGGACUGAAUAUGAUAAACUUUAUUUAUGGACUGAUCCAAUUAAUAUUUUAACUCAAAAAGGGGUUGAUUAAUUAAUUGAAGUAGGUAGAUACUAAUAAAGAUAAUCUAUAUUUGAUUCACAAGGCAAUUGCAUUUAUGAAUUACUGGAGAUAUAAUCUUCAAAAACAGCUAGAUGUACUUCUUCAACUGUUUGUUUCAUUAUCGGAUUAUGUCCUAAAAACUACAAAUAAAUUCUACAUAGAUUUUUUAGUGAAUAUUAUUCUUAAAGAGCCUUAAAUCAGCGUAAAUUUGAAGAGAUUUUAUCAUCUGAUUUCAAAGAUCCCUUAUCUCUUGAUUAUGACAUCUUCGAUAAGAGUGGAGAUCUAAUGUUUUUGGGUCAUAAAACAGAAUAAUGUCCUAACCUAAAACCAAUUAAUAAAAAUGUCUAAAAUAGUAAAACAUAUAAAAAUAAGGAAAAAGAAUUUCUGCUAAUGGAUCAAUUAAAUGGAGUUUAUGAUAUUAUGGUUAAAGCAUAUCCAAGUUAAUAAAUUAAAAAAAGCUCUAUCACUUUAUCAGAUAUUGAUGAUAUUUAUGAUGAUACAUUUUGCAAUUAAUUUUAGGGAUUCCAUUUUCCUAAUCCCUCUUAAUCUACAAGUACAUAUAUGGAAGAUGUUGUUAAAUUUCUUAAAUAUUUUGGUAAAAAUUCUGAAAUGUUUUAACAUUAAGCUGCACUUACCGAACCUUUUAAAUGGAUCAUAUCCUAAUUUUACUCUCAAGAAUCCUUAAGUAUUUAUGUAGGAACUGAAUCCAAUUAAUUUGCUAUGUUAUCUGUUUUAAUUGACGAACAAUAUCUCACUCCAUUUGCAUCAGAGUUAGAAUUUAUUAUAAAAGGAAAUAUUGUUUUUAUCUACUUCAAUAAAGCUUAGCUCAAAACUAAAAUUUGUGAUAAUGGCUAUUAUUGUACAAUUGACUAGACAACCUAAUUCAUGUAUCAAUAUAUCGUCAACGAUGUUAAAUAACACUGUGGAAUUUGA